AUGAAAGUCGCCAUGGUAUCUGUACUAUUGCCCCUCGUAUUCCUGGGACUCUUCCUCAAGUCGAAGGAGCAGCAGGUGUUCGCCUCCUACAGACACUUCUUCAAGAACACCUUCAAAGAAAUAUUGCUCUACUUUAAUAUAUUUGAAAUACAGUUCCCUGAGAGCUAUGUACUGAACCAGAAAUUGCUAGGGUUACACGUGAAGGAUAUAGAAAAGGACGCAUAUACAGCAUUUCCAAUUCUUAAAGAGUUAAAGCAGAAAGAUUAUUUUCGUAUUUUUAAGGUCAAUCUUCAUAUACCUUGUAAAUACCUCAAAGCAAAUGAAGAGAAAUGUAAAGAAAUAAAAAAAUGCUCUGUGUGUGAAUGCGACCAGGAUGAAAUUCCCUACAAUUUUCGAACAAAUGAAAUUGAAAUAAUUGAAAAUAAAAUGUCCACUGAAGAUUUAAAAAAAACUUUUAUUGAAAGCAAAUUGUAUAAAGAUAUUUUAGGUAUUUAUGCUCCAUCUGAUGAAGGGUUCCUGUCGUAUGUGGACUUGGUUUAUAACUCUCCCUCCUUCACAGCCUACGAGGGGAGAAAUAUCUGGAACAAAAUUUAUAAAGAAAAUUGCUUUCAAAAGGAGGAAAAUAAAUGUCAUGAAAUGAAGAGUUUCUACAAGAUCAUUUCUGGCAUGCAAUCUAAUAUAGCCAUUUUAUCUUCCGAAUACCACUACCUCAAAAAUGAUUUCGUCUUUGGUGACAUGCACACGGAGCAUGUGAUCAAAAGUGAUUAUUUUAAAAAACAGAAUUAUGCAUAUAACAUGCAAUUCUUCAAGGACAAGAUUGCUCUUUACCCAGAGAGGAUUGAAAAUUUGUACUUCACUUUUGCCAUUUUGCUCAGGGCCAUGUGCAGGCUCAAGGCGCUUGUGAGUCAGUGCAAGUGUAACUCGGGCCACGCACAGAACGACCAGGAGGCCCUCAAGGUGCUGAACGACCUGCUGGGCAGCUACUACCAUUCGUGUUCCUCGGAAGAAUUCCUGGAGCCCAUUUUCCCAACCCAGGGGAAGGAAAUACUAGCCAAAUUUAUGAACAUAACAAAUAUUUUGGACUGUGUGCCCUGCGUGAAGUGCCGUCUGCAUGGCAAACUCAAGACGACCGCUCUGCAAAUAGCCUUGGUGGAAGGGAUGAGUUACGAGCACAUCGGGUCCCUCGAGCGAAACGAAAUUACGGCGCUCAUAAACUCCCUCUAUUACUUUGCUGAUUCGAUUAUCAUCCUAAAUAAGUUUCAAGAGAGGCAGAAAUUAAAGAGAGCCACGUUCAUUGUUUACCUCAUGGCCUUUUGUUUCUUCCUCAUUCUAAUCAUCUACGCCGUCAUUUUUAUCACCGUGCGCAAUUGUAAGAAGAGCAAGAAGAAGAAGAAAAAAAUAAGCUGA